UUGGGUUUUAUUUAUCAAGUUAUUUUCAUGCCUGAAACUAAAGAUAAAACUUUGGAAGAAAUCGAUGAUAUUUUCUCCAGAUCUUCAUUCUCCAUCGCUGGUGAAAAUAUCAGAAAUAUGAAAUCUUUCUGGAGAAAGAAAGAUUAGUUUGUAUAACUUUUAAUUAAUGUAAUGUCACGAAGUUCUAAUUUAUAUGUUGCAGUCAAAUCGUAGACCAAACACCCGUACACCGGAUAUGAAGCAUCGCAAAAUGCACUAUCAAGCUGAAUUGAUUUAGAUGAGUCUUUACUUUAAUAUAUACGUAUAAGCUAGGAGCAUGAUAUACCGUAUAUUAGGUGGUAUCUACUUAUCCUCUAUAGAACCCAUUAAUGCAAAUGUUGAUUUGCGGUCAGAAUUUAAUAUAACGCAUGUCCUUUCAGUAAUUCCAGGCCCCAUCUCAUCUCAGUUCUUGCAAAACUACAUUCAUAAACAAAUUGAAGUAACAGAUGAAGAAACCAGUAACUUACUACAAUACUUCCCAGAAACUAAUGAAUUCAUAGAUUUUGCAUUGUUCAAGUCAUUGCCAGCAGGAAGCAAAGGUGAUGAAAAGAAGCGAAAACAUGAAGGUGCAAUCUUGAUUCAUUGCUCACAGGGCGUUUCAAGAUCAGUUAGUGUUAUAAUGGCAUACCUUAUGUUUAAAUAUAAAUUAAAGUUUCCACAAGCUUUGCAUGCGAUUAAAAGAAAAUCUCCAAGUGCCGAACCCAAUGAAGGGUUUCAGGAACAGUUGAAAUUAUUCGAAUUAAUGGAAUAUAAGGUUGAAAUGACCAAUGAAUACUAUAAACAAUUUUUAAUUAAUCUUAAUUUAAGAUUAGACCCCUCGGGGUCAUCUUUGAGAGAGUUACAUUUCUUCAAAUAUUUAGAACAAUAUGAAGAUGAGCUGGAAGAAGAGGAAGACGAUGAAAUUGAUGAUGAAACUGCAUUAAGAGCUGAUCCUGAAGCUUUAUCCGAAUUAAGAUGUAAACGUUGUAGAAAUACGUUAGCAUUGAAAAAGCAUCUAGAAUUUCAUGAACCUCCUGAUGCAGACUCAAAACAAUCGUCGUUUGUUAAGACUGCAGCUCAUUCAAGAAGAAUUAUUUCAAAACAAGAAGCUUCGAAAACUUGUUCUCAUCAUUUUAUGAGGGAACCAGUUAGUUGGAUGAAGGUUGAAUUGCAGGGCAAAGGGGAGCUUGAAGGUAGAUUUUUGUGCCCAAAGUGUGAAGCAAAAGUAGGUGGAUAUAGUUGGAAAGGCUCAAGAUGUUCCUGUGGUAAAUGGAUGAUUCCUGCUAUCCAUUUACAAACUGCAAAAGUUGACUACAUGAGGAAGGUAAAACAUAUUGAAGUAGAAGAAUAGUUUCAUUAAUUUGUAAAUAGAUUUCG